AUGCUAAGUCGUUUAGGAAUAUGUCAAUUAAGUUCAAUGAGGACGUCAGUUUGUCCUGCGUGGAGAAUGAUGGGUACAACAGCAGUUAGGUCCAAGAAUAUGGCCACAAAUAUGCGUGGAUCUGUUGCGUCUCCCAAGGGUAAAAGGACCGGUAAGGUGUUAGCAGAGGGUAGCAAGGCCGAAGAGUCGUUGCAGCAGAGACGGGUCCACGACAAUUGGAAAGGGUAUAAAAGUUUAGUGGAUAAAGGUAGCAAAGUAGAGGCCGAGCAGGCUCGUCCUGACGAUUCGUCGUGA